AGCUCCCGAACUCGGACACGGCAGCAACAUGCAGUCCUUCCGGCUCGAGACCAACAACAACAACAACACGUCGGCCGCUGCCGAGCACCUCAAGCUCGAGAUGGCCAUCAGACAGCAGAUGCACCGGCAGCACCCUCUCAUGUCGGCGCCACCGUCACCACCGUUUUCCAUGCACCACCCGGUGCCUCCAAUGUACAACGGGUCGCACACACCCCCAGGCACACCGCCGCCUUCAGUUCCUCCGCAGAUUUCGGCCGCACACCUCCUCUCCAAGGGAGACCCCAAAGAAUCCAGAGGUCGAUCGCCGACUCCUCCGGGCCACAGUUCGCCAACCCUGCAGAGUGGAGCGGCGGCCGCCGCGGCCGCGGCUGCUGCGGCGGCAGAGCAGAGCAUCCGCCGGUACCGCACCGCCUUCACGCGGGAGCAGCUCGGCCGACUCGAAAAGGAAUUCUUCAAGGAGAACUACGUGUCCCGGCCGAGAAGAUGCGAACUCGCUGCACAACUUGGCCUCCCAGAAUCCACCAUCAAGGUUUGGUUCCAAAACCGUCGAAUGAAAGACAAACGUCAACGGAUGGCCCUGGCGUGGCCCUACGCCAUGUACACCGACCCUGCGUUCGCCGCCAGCCUCCUCCAAGCAGCCGCCGCCUCUUCAGGCUACGCUCCCUAUUCCUACUACCACGCCCUCAGGUACGCUCCUUACCCUUUGAGGCCGCAGCCCGCCAGCCCUGCGGGCAUGCCCGCCGCCCCCAUGCUUCCGGGGGCGGGGGCCGCGCCCUUCCUGCGACCCACGUCGCUCACCCCACCUGGAGAGGCGCCCUUCUGCACGCACAACGACCCCGCCACCUGCCGGUGCCCCCUCUUCUCAGGCCAGAGCACCCUGCCGCCCUUCCCUGCCAUCAAGAUCCCCUCCGACUUGCGGUUGUCGCCCUCCCCGAACAGCCCCCUCGCCAGUCCGACGACGCCCCCAACCACCAUCACCGAAACGACCCCGCCGACCAGAACGCAGCACCAACUGUUCCAGCCGUACAAGUCGGACAUUUCCGAACGCGCCUAAAGACAACUUUUAGUUUUAAUUCUUCUUAUUAUUCUUUCUGAGAAAGAGAUCCUGAUCCUGAAUUUGAUUGAAUUAUUUGAUAGAAAAUUGUUGAAUUAUUGAAUUUUAGAUUUAAAUAUGUGUAGACUCUAGUUCUUCGGAAACUUUGAUUUGAAGCCACCGGGCGCAAACCUACUUACCGUGUAAAUAGCAUGUUCGUUCACUUUGCUUAGUCAGCGAAACAUUAAUAUUAAUACUGUUAGUUCCUUUGUAUUAAGGUUGUAGUUUGUAAUCUCAAACGCCAGUACCACGCAAGUUUACUCUACUUUUUGCUGUACAUUCUUUGUGAAUAAUUUAAGAAUAAGAUUUUUUCUUGUUGAACGCCAACAUUUUAGAUUAAUUAAGAUUUUGUUUUUAAAUUCACGCCUGCACCAAGAACGUUUACUCACAAUUUUCUUAUAUUAGUCCUAUGCAAAAACCUAUCGUUUAAUUUUAAUUUAAGUAUAAUCGCCAGCACCAGGAAAGUUUACUCAAAAUCCUUUGUAAAUAAAUUAUUUUUAAAUUAAAAUUUAAUCUUUUGUUUAAAAUUCAGCCAGCGCCAAGAAAGUUUACUCAAAAUUUCUGUAAAAAUUAUUUGUAUACAAUUAUUUUUAAGUGGGUGCUGCUUCACUGCGCACUUUAGAGGAAUCCUCAAACAAAGUUACUUUUGUACAAAAAAAUAUAUAGAUAUUCGUUUUAGUUUGUAAAAAGAAUUUUGAUGAGUUAAUUCUACAGAGAAUGUGUUUUUGAAAAUUGUGAAUAUCAUUUGAUUGUAUAUGUCAAUAUUGACCCGGCCGUUGAUUGAUUAAAUAAUGCAUUUAGUGUUAAUUAUUGUACAGAGAAAAUUUCGUAUUUGUAAAGGAUUUAAUGUUUAAUGUCCGAUCAAUGUGACUAUAUGUAUAGUUUAAAAAACUCGAAUAAAAGAGUU